AUGAUCUGUUAUUUGACAUUUAUUUAUUCAUUAUUACAGGACACAAGAGAUGAAAGUAAUGAGACUAAAGCCAGCAAGAUGAGUAAAUUAAAAAGGACAAGAAAGAAAGUCACAAAACUACAUGCUUUUUCAACUGAAAUAGGAGAAAUGGACACAUCUGACUCAAAAGGAAAGAUCAGAAACCAAAUGGUGUGCCACAAAUUGGGGGAUACUAGUAAACUAGUCAUGGAACCUGGCUCUGCUGAAUCUCUUUUGCCACAAGAUGACAAGGACUCCAAAGAUCCCACAAUACUGAUAAAACCAUUGCCCCUUGCAACAUCAGUCUGUGCUCCUGAUGGUGAAUUUCACUCAAACUCCAGCUCUCCUGAUGACUCCAAUGACAGCACCCAAAUGCCUACUGCACCUCAACUCUCCUCUAGAAUGAAGCACAUCAAACAGGAGAUGGCCAAAAAUCACCUUCAGUUUGUGCGAUUUGAGGCGACAGACCUCCACGGUGUGUCCAGGUCUAAGAGCAUCCCCGCACACUUUUUCCAAGAAAAAGUGAUCCAUGGUGUUUACAUGCCACGAGGUUAUCUUGAAUUGAUACCAAGUCCUAAGGACAAUGAAGUAGAUCACAUAAGAGCAACAUGUUUUAACAGUGACAUAGUCCUGAUGCCAGAGUUAUCGACCUUUAGAGUUUUGCCAUGGGCAGAGAGAACGGCAAGGGUGAUAUGUGACACAUUCACCGUGACUGGCGAGCCUCUGCUGACCUCUCCAAGGCAUAUUGCAAAGAGGCAGCUGAGCCAGCUGCAGGACUUUGGCUUUUCCCUGUUCUCUGCCUUCAUCUAUGAUUUUUGCAUUUUUGGUGUGCCUGAAAUUAUCAAUUCCAAGACCAUAUCUCUUCCUGCUUCCACUCUGCUGAAUAAUCACGACCAGCCCUUCAUUCAGGAACUUGUUGAUGGUUUGUAUCACACUGGAGCCAAUGUUGAGAGCUUUUCCUCCUCUACCAGACCGGGCCAGAUGGAAAUCUGUUUUCUGCCGGAAUUUGGCAUCAGUUCAGCUGAUAACGCAUUUACCCUCAGAACAGGUGUCAAAGAGGUGGCAAGGAAAUACAAUUACAUUGCCAGCUUUUUCAUUGAGACUGGAUUCUGCAACUCAGGAAUUUUGUCUCAUAGUCUCUGGGAUCUUGAUGGGAAGAAAAACAUGUUCUGUAGCAGUUCUGGGAUUGAGCAGCUCACGAUCACUGGGGAGAAAUGGUUGGCAGGACUCUUGAAGCACUCAGCUGCUAUCAGCUGCUUGAUGGCUCCCGCUGUCAGCUGUCGGAAGCGCUAUUCCAAGGAGAGUAGAGAGCAGAAGGAGAGUGUGCCUACAACGUGGGGGUACAACGACAACAGCUGUGCUUUUAAUAUCAAGUGUCAUGGUGAGAAGGGCACCAGGAUAGAAAAUAAACUGGGCUCAGCCACGGCAAAUCCUUACCUCGUGCUGGCCGCCACUGUUGCUGCAGGCUUGGACGGACUUCAGAGCACUGACGGUGUGUUCGCUGGUCCAGAGGACAGCACAGACCUCCAUCAACCAAAACCUUCUGAGAUCCCUUUGAAACUGGAAGAUGCCCUCAUGGCCCUGGAGGAAGAUCAAUGCCUGAGACAGGCUCUAGGAGAAACUUUCAUUCGAUAUUUUGUUGCCAUGAAGAAAUAUGAGUUGGAAAAUGAAGAAACAGAUGCUGAGAGAAAUAAAUUCUUAGAGUACUUUAUUUAG